AGCGCACAAUUUUCUGCGUGUGGAUUUUUCUUUCGCACGAUCCUUGUCAUUAUGCUCCUCACGCAGUGCGGGCACAUUUGCCGCUCGGGGCCCAGGAGCCACACCUCCGCCACCGCGCUGCGGGGCGCCCCCGCGACGAAGGCCGCGUCAGCGUCGUCGGGCACGUCGGGCACGGCGGCCACGGGGGCCACGUUGGGCGCCCUGGCGGGCGCUGCGGCGUGCCGGCGCGCCAGGCGUGUGACUAGGCACCAGCAGGCGCCCAAAGGUUCCACCGCCACCGCAGAGCGUUUGACGGGGGACCUGUCCGGGGCGCUUCCUGACUGCCCCGGCACCAUUUGGGAUGCCGAGUCCAUCGACGUGAAGAACCUGCCGGCGGUGAAGCAGACCGCCCCGCUGAUUAUCGACGCGAAGGAGCCUCAAGGACCUACAGGGCUCGGAGCAGGAGUGGUUCGCCGCGCAGCGGGAGAAGAUCAUGAAGCAGCUGCAGGAGCACGGCGCCAUCUGGUUCCGCAACUUCGAGUCCACCCAGGACGGGCGGACGGGUUCCGGGCCUUCUACGAGUCACUGCAGCUGAACCCGUGCCUGGACCCCAUCCACACCUCAGGCUUGCGGGCCAUGGAGGAGAAGAAGCACGCGGUCUACGAGGCGGUGAACAAGCCCUCCCUGGCCGGGCACUUUGUGGGUCUCCACAACGAGUCCACCUUCGUGAAGACUGCCACCUACGGCGCCUUCGUGUGCUUCGAGCCGGCCUCCGAGGGCGGCGGCGAGUUCCUCAUCGCCGACGGCGCCAAGAUUUUGAAGGACAUGGACAAGGACGUGCUGGAGCGCAUCUACACGAACAAGGUGCGUAUCUCGGUGAGCAACCUGGACCUGAACUUCCUGGGCGCGCUGCCGGACGGCAUGCGGGAAUCAGCCGCUGACUUCUUCCAGGAUCUGAUCUUCAAGGUCGUAGCGCCCAAGUUCGACAUGGACCUGGAGAUGGUCUACGGCGCGGACAACAGCAACCCCUACCGCCUGCAGGCUAUCGAGCACGCGCAGAGCCCCAUCAACAAGCACCCGGUGACCAAGCAGCCGGUGUGGUUCUGCAACCUCCACAACCACAGCCGCUACCUCCGGGACCGCCGGCCCUGCACGGUGCCGGAGGUGGGCAUGACCGACGUCUACAGUGGCGACCUGUCCACCCUGCCUUACGACGAUGUGAGGCACAUCAACGAGGUCUGCGAGCGCAACAUCGAGCGGCUGCUGAUGCAGAAGGGUGACGUCGUGCUGCUGGACAACUACCGGGUGCUGCACGGCCGGGACACCUUCAAGGGCGACCGCAAGCACGCGGUGACCUGGUUCGAGAGCUGCGGGGAGCCCUUGCAGCGCGAGAAGCUGGAGAAACCGGACGACUUUAUGAACGAGCUCAUCAACAAGACCUUGGUGUGAGGUCUCGUUUUUCUCGUUCGCUUUUCCAGUGGCUUUCGGCCAGCCGAAACGAAAUCCGAAGGCGCGCAAGUGCGCCCUUCCUUUUUGGCCGAGCCGACCACAUACCCUCGACAGAAGGGCAGGAAAAGAGUUUGCUACGCGUGCAGAUUGGAUGGAGA